AUGAACAAGAUGUUAUUUGAAGUAAUUCUUACUAUUACAAUUUGUGUUAUAACAAUUCUGUAUAUUAUUCGUCCUAGCCCUUUGGAUACAAAGCUAUUUGGAGUGUGGGUGGGCGAAAAGAAAAUAGGAGAGACAAGAGUGAGAAGAGAUGUAUGUGGUAAAGAUAAAUUGAUAGAUAGACCCGACCAGGGAUACACAACUUUAUAUGAAUUGGUCCAAUCUUUUCCAACGAAGGUGCAACCUAAACUGAUAGGAUAUAGAGAUGUUGAAGAGAAGAUAGCUGUAAAGAAAAUACAAUGUGAUUUGGAUGGUAAAAGCGUUGAAAAAAUAAUGUACAAAUAUAAGAUGAGUGACUAUAAGUAUUUCUCUACCGUGGAGUAUUACACUUUGAUACACAAAAUUGCAAAUGGACUUGCACAUUAUGGAUUUUCAAAUGGGGAUAAAAUAGCAAUUUACUGUGAGACAAGAUAUGAAUGGAUGGCUUUUGUACUUGCUUGUUCAUGUCGAAAUAUAAUUGUAAUUACAAUAUACACAACACUUGGAAUAGAUUCUGUUAACAUUGCACUUGAAGAAAAUAAUGUAAAAGGUGUCUUGGUAUCAGCAGAGACUUAUUCAAAAAUUUUGUUACUUGAGAGUUUUAAAAAAUUGAAAUAUCAAUUGAUUUGUUGUGACAAUUUAGCUACAAAAAAUGUAAUUACUAUAAACAAUAUGUUGAAUUGUGAUAGUUUUGAAGACGACCCACCUCAGCCCGAAGAUGUUGCUAUGAUCAUUUACACGUCAGGAACUGCUAAAGAACCAAAAGGUGUUGUUGUACUACAUAAAAAUCUGUUUGGGAUAACAUGGAGUUACUGCCAUAAAAUGGGAUACAACUCGACAACACGUUACAUCUGUUAUUUGCCUUUGGCUCAUAUCUUUGAAUUUACAAUUGAAAUUUGUGUGUUAGUGAAUGGAGGAAUUCUUGGAUAUUCAUCCCAAAGAACACUGACACGAGCAUACAUGCAUAACUCCAAAUGUGAUUUACAUGCAUUUAACCCAACUUUCAUGAACGGUGUACCAACUGUGUUUAAUAGAAUUCGUAAAGUAAUCGAAGAUAAAAUAUCAAAAUCUUCUUUUGUGUUACAAUAUCUAUUUACAUUAGCCUUUAUUAUUAAAAAGGAGUUAUACGUCAAAAUGCAAAUGCGCCCAAGACUUCUAUAUUAUCCUUUAUUAGAAAUGUUGGACAUAUUGAUAUUUUCAAAAAUUAAAAACGAAAUAUUUGGAGACACAUUAAAAUGUGUUAUAUUGGGAGGAUCUCCACUCUCACAAGACUUGCAAGAGUAUUUGCAAGUCAUAUUAAGUGGAGUGGAUAUCAUGCAAGGGUAUGGAUUGACUGAAUCUUGUGGCCCAGUGAGUAACACGGUUCCUGGUGAUUCUGUUUGUUGUACUAUUGGAGUGCUUUACCCGAACUUUGAGGCGAAAUUAGUAGGAGUAGAAGAGAUGGGAUAUUCAGUUGAUGGCAAAAUCCCACAAGGUGAACUUCUGAUUCGAGGUCCAUCACUGUUCAAAGAAUACUUCAACAGACCAGAAGAAACACAAAUGGCAAUCACUACAGAUGGGUGGUUUAAAACAGGCGACAUCGCAGAAAUCAGAGAAGAUGGACGAAUCAGAAUCAUCGAUCGAAAGAAGAACUUGGUCAAACAACCCUGUGGCGAAUACGUCUCUCUCGAAAAACUCGAAAUGGUUUACAGCGCUUCGAAGUAUGUUGAAUUAUUUUGUGUAAUAGCAAGUCAGUAUUAUGAUUACACUGUAGGUCUUGUUGUUAUUAAUAGGAGUGCUUUGGAAGAUUUUUCAAUCCAAAGAAAUAUGAAAAGUGAAGAAACCAUUAACAGUCCAGUUUUUAAAGAAGAGGUUUUAAAAUCAUUCAGGGAAGUUGACAAGUGUCUCUCUUCACAUGAAAAGAUUAAACAUUUUCAUAUAAUCAAAGAAGAAUGGACGCCAGAGAACGGGAUUCUUACUGCCGCUUUGAAAUUACGUAGAAAUGUUAUUGACAAGAAAUAUUCAAAACAAAUAGCAGAAAUGUUUCAAAAAAUUUGA